UUAUGAUCUUAAGGAGGUUGUCCGAGCUUUGGUGUUGACGUGUAGAGAGAAACACUCCGUAUUCAAAGCAAAAUUCAUUCUUUAAAAUUUGAACCUGACCAUUAAAUUUCAAGUCUUGUUCAAGGAGAAAGUCUGCACAUUCCGUUGUUAUGUGAUUUGUCUCUCAGGAAGCUUUUGGGGUACCGUUUCGUCGCUUUGUUUGGACAAAGGAGAAACAAAAGUCGCUUGGCCUUGCUUGUUAAUUCUCGAGGGGCCAAAGAAAAGCACACACAUUACUGAUCUCUGUUGAUAAUAUACUUCAUUUGCCAUUCCAAACUGAUUUUUUGUACAUGUCAAUUCGAUCCCGGGAAGAGAAAAGGCGGAAAAUACAUAUUUUUUGAUUUUCAACGGCUGAUGAGAAAUAUAAGAUUACCUACUCGAUAAAAUGAAGACGGAGAUCUCUACUGCUGUGGGGUUUAUUACCAGGUUUCUGAGGACAACUGGGCUCCUCUCCGACGAACGGCUCCAACUGUUUAGUCAGUCUCUCGAAACUGCUUUGGGAGAACACUACCAGCAUCACUGGUUCCCACAGGCUCCGUGCAGGGGUUCGGGAUACCGAUGCAUAAGGAUCAACCACAAAAUGGAUCCCUUGAUAGGAAAAGCAGCCUGCGCCGUCGGACUCAACCGCCAGCAACUGUUCUCUCUUUUACCCAGUGAACUUACUCUUUGGGUCGAUCCAUUUGAGGUUUCCUACCGAAUAGGCGAAGAUGGAUCAAUCUGUGUCCUUUACGAGUCAGUGCCGCCAACGGCGAUGAACGGGAACGCGUUGGAUAGGAUCAGCUGUAAGGGGGAACUGAGAAUCGGAAGGUCAAACUCUUCCAAAGCGUUCAACAUGAUGACAGUUUCGAGCUAACCAUUUUACUUACAAUGCUGUUAUUGUACAGUUCUGUAUGUAUUUUGCCCAUAUUUGAUAAUGUUGUAAUUGUUGUCCCCCUUUUCUUUAGACAUUAAAGAUUUUAGCAGUACUGCCAACAUUUUGUUUGUUGUGGCCAAGGGCUAUUGUAUAAAAGGCGGUCUUUUGGCUGCAUUGUAACUUUCCUGGAUUCAAUAUUAUAAAUUACAUGUACAGUCAUGUGAUAAAAUGUGUUUUACAGAUUUAUAUUUUAAAAACACUCUUGGCUAUUUGUAAUAAAAUGACCAAAUUUGAAUUGUA